GUGUUUAGUAGUAGUACUACUUAUUUAAUACAGCAUUUCAGCUGCAUUUGGAAUCAAUCAUCUACCUCUUUGAUUGAACCCUAGCUGACUCUCCCUCUCUCUCUCUCAUCAACACAAAGUUUCAAUCUUUCAGGUGAUUUGAUCGUGAGGUGAAUCAAGAAUUUGGAGCUGCAAUCAGUAGAGAGCCUAAGGUAGCCUUGAAUUCUCCCGAAAAAGGGCCACUUGCUCAAAAUGGAUCAUCAUGGAAAUGGACAGCCUCCAGGUAUUGGAGUCGUUACUAGCUCAGCUCCAAUAUAUGGUGCUCCAUACCAAGCUAACCAAAUGGCAGGGCCAUCUCCUGCAGUUUCAGCUGGUGCAAUUCAAUCUCCUCAAACAGCUGGUCUUUCUGCUUCCUCAGCCCAGAUGGCACAACAUCAGCUCGCUUAUCAGCACAUUCAUCAGCAGCAGCAGCAACAGUUGCAGCAGCAACUCCAAACUUUCUGGGCAAAUCAAUAUCAAGAAAUCGAGCAUGUUACUGAUUUCAAGAAUCAUAGCCUGCCGUUGGCAAGGAUCAAGAAAAUCAUGAAAGCAGACGAAGAUGUUAGGAUGAUUUCUGCAGAAGCACCAGUUGUAUUUGCUCGUGCCUGUGAGAUGUUCAUACUUGAGUUGACACUGCGUGCAUGGAACCACACUGAGGAGAACAAAAGGAGGACACUGCAGAAAAAUGAUAUCGCAGCAGCCAUAACAAGGACCGACAUAUUUGAUUUCUUAGUUGACAUUGUACCAAGGGAGGACUUGAAAGAUGAGGUGCUUGCAUCAAUUCCUAGAGGAACCCUUCCUGUUGGAGGCCCGACUGAGGGUCUGCCAUUCUAUUACGGCAUGCCACCGCAGUCUGCUCCUCCGGUUGGAGCUUCAGGGAUGUACAUGGGAAAGCCUGUUGAUCAAGCUCUUUAUGCUCAGCAGCCCCGUCCAUAUAUGGCUCAGCCAAUUUGGCCCCAGCAACAACAACCACCCUCAGAUUCUUAAGCAGCUCAAAGCUUUAGGUCACAGUAAGCCAGGGCUUAGUAGCAGGGAGUAGUCCGAGUAGCAAAGUACUGGAGAACACAUCACAGUGAUAGCAGUCUGCAUACUUUGAACUCUUUAAUAUAUAGACAUGAAGCAACAGUUGUUGAAAGUCUGAGUGUUCCGUGUUAGCUUAAACUUCAUACAGUGAGCUUGAUGUUUUUUAGUUUAUGAACAAGUAUGUUUUGAGUGGUAAUCUUUUGUGAAUUAUAAAGUAAAACCUGGGUUUAGGUUGCUUAUGUGCAUA